ACGAGAAGGCGAAAUUAAUGGCGGACAUGGUGCCUCUCGUCAAAGAAUGCUCUGCAGAACAUGGCGUCAACCACGAGGAUGUCAAGAACGCUAAGAGCACAGACCACAUACAGGAGAUGGGGUCAUGCAUGAUGGGGUGUAUUUAUAAGAAGAUCCAUGUGAUUGACGAUAAAGGAUUGUUCGACGUGGAAAAAUCUAAGGAGAACUAUAUAAAAUACUUUGCAAAUGAAAGCGACAAGAAAUUCAUUACCGAUCUUAUUCACACUUGUGAGAAAGUAAACAAGGAGACAGUAAGUGAUGGUGAUAAAGGUUGUGACAGAGGCAAACUGCUAAAUGAGUGUAUGAUGCCGCUACAGAAACAGUUUUUCCCAAUGCGUUAGUAUAUGGCUUCCCAAGAUGACCUGAAACCUGAAAAGAUUCAUGCUAAACGAUGAAAGCUUUAAAAUAAUUAUUUUUUUAGUAAUAUUGUCUUUACGGAAAAUAAAGUCGC